CAGUUCUGUGAAGUUGUGAACAGGUUGAUAUUGCUGCGGAAAAAGUGUUAAAUUAUUAAGGUCUCUAAGCAGAGAACAGCCUCUAGUUUAAGUGUAUAAUGUGAAUAUAUAUCUCCACUAAAACACUGUUUGAUGGGAGAGCGACAACGUCUAGCAGGACCUGAAGACAUGGCUACAACCAGCACCGCGGUCGCAACCGUGCCCCCACAAACACAAGAGGAGCCAGUAGAACGGGUGGCAGUAAUUACUCUGCGGCCGACGCGACCGGAGACGCGCAAGAAGGUAGUCUGGACAGAAGACACCGUCGACAAUGAACAUAUGAAUAAGAAGAAGUCUAAAUGCUGCUGCAUUUAUGAGAAACCGAAGAAGUUCGGGGAAUCUGACUCCGAAGACAGUGAUGACGAACUGGAGAACUGCUCGGGGCACGUGGAGAAGAAGCGAGGGAAGCGUUAUCAUCAUCAUGAUCACGACUGCCCCCAUCACAGCGCGGAAGCGGCCACUGUUACUAUCACUAUUGCCGAGCAAGAAACUGUGACUCCUGAGCCUACAGCCACAAUCACUCUCCAACCAAGUGAAGACACGCCCCAAUCUGCUGAAACCACGCCCCAGGCACCUAUAACCACGCCCAAACCGACCGAAGAAGCACCCAAAGCCACGCCCCAGCCGAGCGAGGCCACGCCCACCCCUGCGCCUGCGCCGCCCGACAAGAAGGACUAAUAACUCACGCAUACAUAACAAUAUUAUUGUUCUAUGAAGUCGGUUAACAUGUUUUAUCGUUAAUAUUAUAGCUAUAACGAUAACCGAACCAUUUAAAAUUGUCACAGCAUAAGAAUUUUUAAUUGUACCCGUAAGAUUUUCCAUAUAAAAAAAAUCUCUGGUUGAUAAAAAAGCAAAUUUAUAAUUUUAAUUUGUCGUAAUUAACUUAAAUAAUAUUAUUAUUCAUAAAGCUUCUGUUUCCGACGUAGCUAGACUAUUAUUUUGUAAUACUGACUGAAACAAGUACUGUGUGACGGUAUUUUUGUCGAUAUUGAUCGAUUGAAAUGUAGAACAUCACUAUGAUCAUACAAAAAAAAAAAAGUAAGAAUGAUGUAUUAUGAAAUUCAAAAUUCAGUGUUACAGUCAACAAAAAACUAUUUUGUUUUGGUUUUAAAAUAUCGAUAACUUAAUGUGUUACUAUGUGAAUUGAUCUGUAAUUCGAUGGAAUUAAGUCUAAAAUUGCUUGGCAAAAAUAAUUGGUUGAUUUUAGUAUGACACAUUAUUUUUCUCGUAAAAAUGUGACAUUUGACAUGAUUUCUUAAUUUUAUUUAAGUAUGUGCUUUUUCCUUUUUUUUCUAGUGUAUACCUAAAUAUAACUUAUUCCUUACUUUAUGUUAAGUAACUUAGGCGUAGUGAUUAAACCUUUUAUUUCCCUUU